AAUAAAUUACUAAUCUGUGUAACUGUGCGCAUGGCUGGGUUUCAAUCUGAUUCUGCUGGAAAAAUGGUUGGAAGAAUCUAAUUAUAUCUAUAGGUUAAUUAAGUUAACCAGCGUCUUCUCAGAAAGCUGAGAUUGAUUCCAGCUCUAGUGAGGGACAGAAGGAGUGGAGGGCACACCUCCCGCGUUUGUUUUCGUCUCACGCGCGCACACGCACACAUAUACUAGCGCGCGCGCGCACAAGCAGAUACAGAGGGAGGGAGAGAGUUUGCCCCACAUCUUUAUCGCUAUAACUACCCUCCACUAGUGAGACAGUCAGUGAUGGAGCCUUCCGCAGGGGACAGACCGCCACGCGCUCUCAGGUGAUUCUCUGUCUGUCUUCUUUUUCUGCCUUUUUGGGAAAUUUGUCAACUCUGAAGAAGAGGAUGAUGAUGUUCAUCCAGUCUGUGGGAAGAAAAACUACAAACGGAGUCUAAAUAAACAUCCUCACCCGCCGCGUGGAUCCAAACUUCACCAGAAACGGUUUUACAGAUUCUCCCAGCGCAACAGUGUGCGGCUAACUGGGACCUGGUGUGUGUCAGGAGGCUAUGGUGAGGCCAUGUGCACGGGCUGGUGUGAGGCGAGAUGUAACAGCCUCAGUGGAGGAAGACGUAAAGGACUGGAUCUUCACUCAUGGCUUCGUGUGUCACUCCUGUUCUUGGCUCUGUGGGGCCAAGUGUUCCCACAGUGCCCGGACAGCUGCCACUGUGCCUGGGACACGGCCACGGUGUUGUGCUCGGAUGCUGGGCUGCGGGAGAUCCCAGAGGGGAUCCCACCAGAAACUGUCUCCCUUCACCUGGAGCGCAAUUACAUACGGAACAUCCCAGAGAGUACCUUCAGUAACCUGGUCCGCUUGCGGGACCUGUACCUGUCCCACAACCGCAUCGACUCGCUUGCCUCUGGGGCCCUGCAACAUCUGGGGCCCGAGCUACGCCUGCUGGACCUCUCACAUAACCAGCUGAGGCACGUCAGCAAGGAGGAGUUUGGUUCCACUCGUGCAAAGACACGUCUUUACCACAAUCCCUGGCACUGUGACUGCACACUCCAGGAGCUGAUGGAGACUCUGAACCUGGAGCCUGAGACAGUGAAUGGGAUAAUAUGUGAGAGCUCUGUGCGGGUGGGUGAGGGGAGCAGGUGGGAGGAUCCGGGGUCACUGGGCGAGCACGCAGGCCAACCGCUGGUUAAACUGCUGGACUCUGGGGUGAAUUUCUGCAGUCUGCAGAGGAAGACCACUGAUGUAGCCAUGCUGGUGACCAUGUUUGUGUGGUUCUUCAUGGUCAUUGUGUAUGUAGUGUACUAUGUGAGGCAGAACCAAGCCGAGGCUCGCAGACAUUUGGAGUACCUGAAGAGUUUACCCAGCCCACGCAAGACCCCUACUGAGACAGAUACUCUCAGUACUGGUUUCUAAACUCCUGCUCAGCUGAAAUUUAAAAGAAAAUGUUAUUUUUACCAACCUUGACUUUGAAAUUCUAUGUGGAGUUAUGGUGAAAACCAGCAGUGGAAGAUGCACACACAGAGGAAACGCAGCUCCCGAACACCCUGCAAAUGUCUUCAUAUUUCCUUUCCCAUCAUAUUUUUUGCUAAUUGUGGAUAAAACAAAUACUUGCUUACUCAUCCCACCAUCUCAACUGAGAGAAAAUUUAAAAAUCCCUAAAAGUACAAAGUGAAAGUGUAACAUGUAAGACAUCUUCUUGCACCCCCUCUUUUAUCCUCCCACCAUGCUUCAUACUGUGUUCUUUUAUCUUAAAUUAAGCUCUAAUUAGGAGUCGUUGACCAACUGACCCUUAAUAAAACUACUGAAAGGCACUAAUCAGCUGGAGUGUUUAUCAGGUCAAGGACAGUGUGCAAACGCUAAUGUGUGUCAUCUUAUAAUUGCUUGUCUAAUAUGUGUGCGUACGUGUGCACGUGCAUUUUUGUGCAUAGCUGUGGCCGUUUUUACUUUGAUAUUAUUGAUUUUGCGCAGAUAUAAUUUAAGCCUUUUUUAAUAUAUCAGCACUGACCCAGUGUUUAUGUGUCACUGGAAAGCCUCUGAUCUAAAUUUUCUCUAAGGAAUCCAUUAGAGCUGGAGGUGAACUAUUGUGUGUCCGUUUAGUAUACAUACCCAGUAUCGCCUGGUGUACAGAGAGUCCAAAUCAAUUUAGAAAACAAUUAUUAAUACACAUAUUUAUCCAGAGAGGAGCUGGUAGAAAACCUCGAGUCCUGAUUAUUUGGGGCUGCAUUUCUUUUUCUUUUCCACAACCCCAUCCCAAUCGAUUUUCUUUUAAAAGGCAGUGUGAAAAUAAGCAAAACACUUUGAUAAUAAAUUGCUUUGAUUAGAACACGACAGAUUGUAGUGUUACAAUUAAUGCUAUUCCUGUAGGUGUACCGCAGGUGCACUGAAUCCUCAGCCUAGCUUUUUGCACGCAUGCAGAACAAACCCUGCCUGGAUAAACAUCCGCAUUUCACCCAGUAUCACAUGAUUUAAUUGAAUUCAGAUUUACUGUGGUAAUAUGUUAGCAUUCUGUGAGGAGAGGGUGUGCAAUGUGAUUUAAUAAAUCUGGAUUUGUCAUCCUUCACUGUUGCAUUAGAGACUGUAAAAAGCCCUAUUUUCAGUUUGCUAGUCAACCUCUUUAAAACGUGUCUCCAUACCGGAGUGUGGGAUCAUAAAUGGGGAAAAGUAAGCUUGUUAUUUACGGCAUAAUUUUAGGUUUCACUCUCAUUGUAUUCAAACACACACACAAAAAAGACUUUGGAAACAAGGGCAACAAUGCAACCCAGUCAGCAAUGAGCGGUUUAAUGGGAACAGCUAGUUUAUAACAUGUUUUUAUAGGUAUGUGAGCCACACAGAUCUUCAGAUCAAUUUGUAAUAAUUAUGACUUAAAAAAAUCUCUUUGGACCAAAUACCUGUUGGUCCAUUCUAAAACCAAGUUAUGGUUAUGGUAAACUACUAAUACCAGUAUGUUAGCACUGUCAUUGUGAGGAUGUUGGUAGGAUUUAGCUCAGAGCACUGUGCUGAGGGACCAUACAGUAUCAUAGAGCUGCUAGCAUGGCUUCUUUUUUCAUGUAUCAUCCGUAUGUGAUCGAUUAAAGUGUACAAAUGUCUAUGUGGUCAUUAUAUACAAUAAAAUAUUAUCUUAUCUAAAAGCUGGGUUGGUAAAGUGGGAAGAGCCGAGGCACACGCUGGAAUAGGUCAACAUUUAAUGUGUUAUAUUGAUGAGUGUGGUUUGUUUACUUUGGACCCUCAGAGAGAGAUUCUGGUUCAGGUCUGCGCUGUUCCCAUGCUGUCAGAACUAGAGUCAGUUAUUGAUAUUGUUACGAUCUGUGUGUGAAACCAGUCUUGUUGGUAAACCGCAGGCAAGAAGAAGACGAGAAUAAAACGGUGGACGCUCGUUAUGUGACUUAAAAAGCAAAACUGCCUGUGAAUAAACUGUAUGUGUAACCGUACAUACUCUGAAUAUUUCUUGAACGUUAGCUGUUUGUCAUAAAUCCUACAUCUAGUGUUGAUGUGCCUGAGCUCAGUUUCAUAUCUUUAUAAUAAUGCUCCUGGUCUCUCCAGUGAUGAUUGUAACAACCCCAAAAAUCAAAUGUUUUUUCCUGUAGAUUUUUUUUUAUUAUUAUUAUUAUUGAUGAUGUAUUUCCAUCCCAGUGAUUUGUUUUCUUGUCUGUUUGUUCACCCAAAAAUAUCCAAACAAGGGUAAACUCAUAUUGGAAAGUAUUACAUUAAAUAAUAAAUGAGCCAUGAAAAGCGACGUUGGGGGAAAAACAGAAAAAAAAAAUACAAAUAAAACAAACAUUGCUCUA